AUGCGAAUCUUUGUUCUCCUGGCGACAGCGACCCUCGCACUCGCCAGGUCUCCAUCUCUCACCCCUCGCGCCGUCGAGACGGGCGAAUUCGACGCCGAAAGCCUCGCAAGGCUGGAGACGCUCAACCAGGUCAACGUCAGCGAUCCAGCUAUCGCGGCCUCCAUCGUCAGCAACGAGCUCACGCUGGGCGGCUGCCGGGAUGUCAUUUUCGUCUUCGCCCGCGGCACGUCAGAGCAGGGCAACAUGGGCACACUGGUUGGGCCGCCCCUGUCAGGUGGCCUUAAGUCCAUAUACGGCGACUCCCGCGUAGCGACAGAAGGCGUCAACUACGCUGCCAUUCCUGCGCCCAAUUUCCUACCCGGCGGCACGGACGGGCCCAGCAUAGCAGCCAUGAGCAGCAUCCUCCUCGGUGCGGCGAUGAAUUGUCCCGCCUCCAAGGUCGUCGUCGGCGGCUACAGCCAAGGCGCAGCGGUCGCGCACAGGUCCAUAGAAAGCCUCCCGCCCGUGGCCAAGAACCAGAUAGUUGGUGUCUUAACGGUUGGCGACACCCAGAAGACGCAGGACGGGAGUCGUAUAUUCAACUUUCCGCCUGACAGAGUGUCGUUUCUGUGCAAUCCGGGAGAUGUCAUUUGCGAUGGGCAGCUGGUAGUGCUGGCCCCGCACCUGGACUAUACACGCCGUGCUGGCGAGGGCGUCGGGUUUCUGGCAUCGAAGAUCGGUAUAUUGUAG